AUCGAAAAUAUUUUCAUGAGCAAUUAUGCGCCAAGUAGAUAAAUACAAUGUAGGUCCUGCAGUGUAAAUUACCAAGCCCUAUUGACACUCGUCAACUUUUUUGUUCAGUCCGAGUAAGCCUCUGAGGACCAGCCAUCAUGUCCUCCAUUACGUCACAUGCGGCGCCUAUCCACAAGAACAAGUCAUUGUUCCGCUCGGUUCCCUUCCAGAUCCUCGUCGCAUGCGGUGUCUCGUUCACGGCACCGGGCAUGUGGGAUGCGCUCGGUGGAUUGGGAGCAGGUGGCGCUGCUGAGCCUUACGCAGUUUCUGCUGCCAAUGCUCUAGUGUACGGACUCUUUGCUGUUGUCUGCGUGCUUGCCGGUGCUAUCAACAACCGCAUUGGACUGAAUUACGGACUUGCUCUUGGUGCUAUCGGUUACCCUCUGUACGGCGCUGGUCUUUACACCAACAGUGUCAGCGCGAACACCUGGUUCAUGCUCUUCGGCAGCGCUCUCUGCGGUAUCAGCGCAGGUUUCUUCUGGGCCGCUGAGGCAGCCAUCAUCAUCGGCUACCCAUCUCCCGGCGAUCGCGCAUUCUACCUCGCCAUCUGGCAGUCCGCAAAGGCCGCUGGUCCCAUCGUCGGUGGUGCUAUCAACCUAGGUCUCAAUGCGAACCGCAAGACCGCCGGCUCUGUCUCGACGUCCACCUACAUCGUCUUCAUCGCCAUCAUGUGUCUCGGCCUCCCCAUUGCGCUCUGCCUCUCACCCGCCCACAAAGUCUGGCGCAAAGAUGGCACCAGGAUUGUCACAGAGCGCGCCGCCAGCUGGGGCCAGGAAUUCAAGGCUGUCGGCAAGCUCUUCAUUAGCCGUAGGAUCUUGCUCCUCCUCCCCGCCUUCUUCAUCAGCUAUUUCUACAACGGCUUCAUGUCGACCUGGCUCACGACCUACUUCACCGUCCGCUCGCGUGCGUUCAGCUCCUUCUUCACGAACUUUGCCGGCAUCUUCAGUUCCUUCAUCAUCGCCGCCCUCCUCGAUAACCAGAAAAUCUACAUCAAAACCCGCGGCAAGAUUGCCUUCAUCUCCAUCGUAACCAUCCUUUUUGGCACAUGGAUUUGGGCGUCCAUUCUCCAGAACCAACUCUACAACGCUACAACCGCACCCGUCUUCGAUUGGUUCCAGGGCGGCUUCGGAAAGUCCUACGCGCUGGUAUUCUUCUGGCAAUUCGGCGGUCAGUCGUUCCAACAAUUCCUCUACUGGCUUGUUGGCCAGUACGCUACCGACCUUUCCAACUUGUCUCACCACACCGGUAUUCUGCGUGGUGUAGAAGCCCUGGGCCAGACUGUUGCGUGGGCUAUGCAGACUGAGGGCAAUGCGAACCACUUCGUUUCCAUUGGCAUCAACUUCGGGUUCACGGUGCUGUGCAUUCUACCUACUUGGAUUGUUUUGUCUGAGCUUGAGGGUAGUCAUGAGACGGUUGUCACUGAGGAAGAGGUGGACAACAAGCUGUCUGGCAAUGCUUGAGAAUGUUGUAGGUGUGAUUAGAUUUCCAGUUUGUGUGCAAGAUACCCAAUAGACUUCUCCACACUUUUCGCAA